UUAGGACUCAAGUUAUUGAACAGAGGUCAUCAUGGCCACGAUUUAAAAACACGAACAAGAUUCGCUUUUUUUGAUUUAGUUUCUUUCAUUAACAACAUCUCUUGUCUGUUAUGUUAGGUGGUUCACUGUGUUGGGAGACUACAGUUGGUCAGGAGCUGUUUAAGUUGACGAUAAUUGACCUGGUAGCCCUGGUGUUCAGUGUGUUGACUGGUGACUUGUUCGUCUCGCUCACUGUCAGAUUCCUCAACUGCUUCCAAGGGCGACUCAUGGAUCUUGAGAAAGUUUUAGGCUAUCCUGAGUUCAAACUGGCAGAAAAUGUGUUACAGCUCAUUAACAGCCAAGGACUAAUUUGGUGAGUCAACAUGUACAAGCACGCAUCUUUUAUAAAUACUUUGACGAUACUGUCAGAGGGAGCAGUCGGGGUCAGGGAAUUGGGGUCCUUGGACUAACGGGGGUGGGGAGUUUACGGGAGAAUGGGGAAACGAGGGGGUAAUCUUCGAUCAGGUGUUCUUUUCCAAGGUGGCAGGAACUGAGAGAAAUAAGAGUAUGUGGUAAUUGAAGAAGAAAACAGGCGGAAACCGGAGGAAAAACGACAGGAAUUGGCAAGUUCCGAGCACUCCCUUUCCUCCUCCAACUGGGAUAAUGAGUUCCGACGCAAGCAACAAGCCUUGUAGUCCCGUCGUUGUCACAAACAUAUAAGUAACGAGCCAAAUUUUCCGAAUCGUGCCAGUUUGAUAAGUCACUCCCGCGGAUGAUGGCAAUACUGGGUAAAUGUUUCGAAUAUAUUGAUAACACUUCAACUCACCUCGGCCUCUCUUAGCUCUAAAAUGACGAGGUGUUGUAUUAUUUUUUCAAGGAUGGGCCUGAUUUUCUCUCCUGGGCUCAUAAUGCUGAACAUUUUGAAGCUGGUCAUCAUCAUGUACAUCAGGAGCUGGGCCGUGAUGGUC